AGAAUAAGAAUAAUAGCCUACUUGUUGUAACCGAUUUUAAGUUUAAUUUUAAAUGUCGUCCUGAAAUCAGAUUAAAUUCAUCUCUCUUAUUGUAUCAGUUUAUUGUGUUUCUAUCUCCACGGCUGUCCGGUUGUUUUCCCAGCAGAUCUGAGACUCACAAAUAGCCCGCACGGGUGAUCCGAGCGUACCACAGAGGUGUAACAUAUUUAUACAAUGUGUCAUGAUUACCACCCAUGCAAAUCAGCAGCGGUGGCAUCGGAAAUGGACUGUACCAAGAAGGGUGAACAGGGAUGCUGGAGGAACCUCUGCAGGGGUUAUACCUUUUAAAAAAAUCCACUUUCGCCACGAAGAAGCAUCUCUGUCGACGUUUCAUGUGAAAGCGCAGACGCAGCGUGUGCACAUGCUGUACACUCACACGCACUAUUUGCGGAGUAGCACUUUCCGUAUUUCGCUCCCCCUCUGCGAACCACCCCUCCGGUGAAAGCCACGGUGCCUGAGCGAGUGGUAGGGACUGUCAUCCUGCCUGGCCGCCCGGUUUUUUUGGAGAGGAGAAGUUGGCAAAGGGAUGUGACUGCGAUGAUGGCGCUGCAGCUGAAGAACGGGGAUGCAGCGUACUACCAGAGUGCAGAGUACUGCAGAAAUUACACUUCGCCGCCUGUCAGCUACGGUGACAGCAGCCAUUAUCUUGCCCGAUUGCCAGGCCCAGAGACCAUGUUGAAGCCUCCUCUGAGUCUCUUCAGCCAUCCCCAGCAGCCUUUCCAUCACAUGGACUCUCUGCACCAGCUGGGACCUCCGCCAAUGGCUCCUACGCAGCCUCUCGGCCCACCACCCAUGGCCCCUGCUCAGGCAAUUGGACCCCCAAAUAUGGUUCCCCAGACUCUAGGCCCCCCUCCCAUGACUGCUACUCACACAUUAAGGCCUCCCCCCAUUACCCCACCACACAGCUUAGGCCCCCCUCCAAUGGCCCCAGCUCAGCCACUGGGUCCUCCACCAAUGGCACACACAAUGUUGCCCCCACCUGUAGAUCACACUCAAGCAAUAGUGCCUCCAACCAUGGACCUCACACAGCCGUUGGGGCCUCCACCUCUCAACCAUGCACAUGCACUGGUGCCCCCACCCGUAGUGGCGCCUGGAGCCAACAGAUACCCCCUCCCUCCCAGCCCACUGUCCUCCCCUCCUGCGCCGGGCCCAGACCCUUCACAGAUGCCGCCAAGGCACCCAGGACCGGCCCUCAUCCCAGCCCCAAUGUCCUGCCUCAUCCCUGGUCCUCUCUCGGGUCAGGCAGUCCCAGCCAGCGAGCAACCCCAGGAUGAGGGCUCUCCGCUGGGGAUGGAGGAGCAGGAGGACUCUCUGGGGCUGGGGGAACUGUGUAAACCACUGUACUGUAAACUCUGCAACGUUACCCUCAACUCCGCUCAGCAGGCACAGGCUCACUACCAGGGGAAGAACCACAGUAAAAAGUUAAGAAAUUUCUACGCUGGCAGUCAACAGCCUCCAGCCAUCAGGAUCCCAGAAGUCCUUGAGGCAGCUGGCCAGACGUCCCUCAGCUCAGGAUCCAACGACAGUGACGCAGGCAGACAGGCGUUGUAUAAGGGGGCGACCCGGGUGAUCUUGGCCACAGAGAAUGACUAUUGUAAGCUUUGUGACGCCUCCUUCAGUUCACCGGCAGUUGCGCAGGCUCACUACCAGGGCAAGAACCACGCCAAGAAACUACGGCUCGCUGAGGCCCAGCAGAACUCCAUUAAUAUGGAAGGCAGCAAUGAGGCAGCCCCAAGAAGAAACAGGAAAGAUGGCAAUGAGUACAGACUGGUGAAAAACCGCCGCAGCCCGCAGCUACCCGCUUCUAUGCCAGGGCCGUACUACAAUCCCAGACCAAGGCAGCGCAUCCCCAGGGACUUGGCCAUGUGCGUGACUCCCAGUGGACAGUUCUACUGCUCCAUGUGCAACUGCGGAGCCGAGCAAGAAACGGAUUUCAGGCAGCAUCUGGAGAGCAAGCAGCACAAAGCGAAAGUGUCGGAGUUAAGAUACCGCCACGAGAUGGAGAACCUCGGCUACAGCUAAGAGACACGAGAGGGAAGGGGGGUUGGGAGAGAAAAGAUAGAAGUGAGUGGGACAGAAUAGGUGGAGAGACAGUACAAGACCAGAGUGCAGGAAAGCAAAUACUGCCCUGUGUUUGAGGGGCAUAUUUAGUGAAGGGAUUAGCCCUAAUGGCCUCAAGAUCUUGUUGCAAUUCAUUUGAUACAUGGAUCAAACACUUAAAUCCUCAUAUUUGACAUAAUGCUGUACCAUAUGAAGCUAUAAUUGGAUUUGAUGGAUUUAUUUGAGCUGGGUAUUACUCUUGAAAUUCAGUCUGUAUAAUGAAGCAUGCUGCAACAUGUAUGCAAAGAACAGGAGCCAUGCAUUUGAGGAAAUAGUAUAUUUUUGACGUACAAGUCUUGAGACAUAAAAACAGUCUGUUUUAUGCUCUGAAUCAGAAGUUUUUGAUCCACCUCCUUUUUUUAUACUGUUUCUGAUCCACUUUCCUCCAAGGCUCUGAGUGGGUUGCAUUCUGACUCAGGAUACAGGUAAAUGGAAAUGAAUUGCAAGAAAAUCUUGAGCUUGUUUGGGCUACGGGGAGAAGACUAGUGAUGCACAGAGAGCCAACGUGACAGGAGAGGAAGCAUAGGAACAGUUGGAAAAGACUGGGACGUGCAGAGGGUUCAAGCAUUAAGAGAGAAUCCAAAAUGUAGAAAACAGAGAGAAGCUGGGUUGAGGAAGGAGACACGCAUAGAGGUCAGAACAAGUCUCAUCUUUGGGAAAACAAUCAUGACUGAGGGCAAAGUUUUAGUUUGAGACUUGUUUUUUUUAAUUCUUGUGUGUGGAUCAGCCCUACAGGUAUUUUAUACUGGUCCAACAGCAGGGACUACAGAGCCGCAUGGGGCACAAAAGAGCAAAUUCAACAUCUUUAUAAUCUAACACAGGUAUUAAAAUCCAAAGCACUAUUUGCUAAUUUAAAAAAAACAAAGCACAAUGAACAACAUCAUGUGGAAAGAAACAGUGUUACAUGAAUCUGUUAGCCUUAGCUGACCUCUUAGCGGUCCUUUGGUGUGUAUCGGGCUGCAGGCUACACCAUGGCUAGCCUUGUUUGUGCCUUUAGUGUGAAUUAGGCUAAAGAGUAAGCUUUGGCUAUAGCCAUCUUGGAAAUAUAGUGGAAACCAAUCUACAGUAUUGAUUGGGUUUUUCUAUAUUCUGUCAUCUCUCUUCUUGUAUUAAAUCCACACAAAUAUUAUGUAAAUAUUCUCAAAUGACAUUGUAGAUAUAGAUAUAGUAUAAUAUACAUGCAUACUAUUGAUCCUUUGGUUAAUGUUAGCCUAGCAUAUAUUGUAAAUACUCGUAAUCUAUUUAAUAAUGAUCAGGAAUCUUGUACAAAGUGUGCACUGACUGAAUGUCUACCCAUCAGCACUGUAUAUUUGUGUGUGGAUUUUACUGUAGACCCUCCACACCACUUUGGGUGAUGCCCUCGUUCAUUGGUAGAGUAACUCUGGUACCAUCCGUCUGUGGUUAAAGGCUGAUAGUCAUCAUUUUGACCUUGCUGGACGACCACGUGCUUCUUCUGAGGCGCGGUAUAAGCUGAAACUUUGUCUUGGCAAUACAGCCAGACUGUGAGGAAGAAAUGUACAAACACAUUGGAAAAGUCAUAAUGAUGCGUGCAGCCGAAAGCAUUUAACUCCAAACUUCUAAUUAGUUUUGCAAAUGGCAAAUGAACAUGUGCAGAGCUUGUGGAUGUUUUUGGUUGUAAGACAUAUCAUUUAAUUCUCCCACUCACUCUUGAUUCCUAGAGGGGGGCAUAAGCAGGUUUUACUGCAGUGUGAAACAGCUGCAGAGGAGUGACAUGGAUUUUGUCUGGAUUUGCAGACAGAUUUUUAUUGUUGUUAUUGUUUUUACCCUGUGUGACCCAGGUCCAGCUGUUUUUCAGUCUUUAGCCCAUCCUGAAAAGAUCAGUUAUGUAAUUGGAAUCAAAUCUGAUUUUCUGUUUCUGUUUAUUUGAUUUUCUGAUCCAGUUCAGUUGCUCAGCUGAACACACUGCAGUCACAUGGCAUUUGGAGUUACACAGUCACACUUGAAAUGACAUAGAAGUGUGUAUUGUGCCUUUAAUGUUGUUUAUGAUCUUCAUUACAUUCAGAAGACAAUGACAGGGUCAUAAAAUCUAAAUUGUUAUUGUUUGAAACACAAAACUUGUCUUUUUUAUUUGCAGAUUGUUUCCUUUAAACAGGAAAAAUGAUCAUAUUUAUGCCUCAAAAAACAUUUUAUGUAGCAGCUGAAAGGAUUUUCCAUCUAGAUUUUCAGAUGUCAACAUGUUUCAGCUAUACAGUACACACUAAUUGAAUGCAUCUGUAGUUCAAAAGAGGAGAAGAACCUUCCUCCUUUCACUUUAAAUUGGCUUUUCCAGCUUCUCCUGCAGAGCGGCCGUGCACACACACGUGCACGCACACUCCCACAUAAUUCAAUCAGUCAAAGGCCUGAUCGGGUCACGUAAUUAGAUGUGUUAUAAAGUGAAAUGAAAGCAGCAUCCUGGCUUUCUCUCUGGUUGGGUUGGUUUGCUGUGGGGAGAGGCAGCUGUUCACAUCUUACAUAUGUCUCUAGAGCACAAACACACACACCUGAUCACACACAUGAGGACACUCAGGAGAAAAGCACUGUGAGGACAAAGUACUGUGGUGUUUAGGGAUUUAAACAUGUGAGAGAGAAACAGCCAGAGAGGGAGAGACAAACACAACAUGGAGAACAAAAUGGGAGGCUGUUUUUUAUUAGCCCACUCUGCUAUAUGGUUUAAUCAAAAAGGAACAAAGAGGAGCUGAUGAAAGCAGAGCUGUAACCAAAGCUGUGGGUGAGACACAGGUAGUCAAGGAGUUCUUCACAUUCGACGGAGUUGCAGUCUGUUAAUAGCAAUCCUCCUCCACCUAGAAAUAACACGCUUUGUGUUACAUGAAGGCAUGGGUAGCAUAACCUUUUAUUAUGUUGACAGGCUCCUGGAUUCAGAAUGAGAGUCACAGUCCAAUGCAGCUACUUCACACCUUCAGAAAAAUGCAUGAAAUAAUAGACUGCAAUGGAAUGGAAGAAAUGAGGAGAUCAUUGGAAAAUCAGGCUGCUGGGAGGACAGUAGUCUGGAAGCCUUUUUUGUAUUUGUUCUAUGGUGUUUUUAGACUCCCUUAACCAGUUUUUCCCAACCUUUUUGGCUUGGGAUCCCUUAAAAUAUGCCAAUAUCUACUUGAGACCCCUCGCCACAGGUUAUGGCCUGUGUUGACCAAAGAUUGUUUUUUUUUCUCUCGUCAGAUUGACAAAAUAGGCAACUGUCCUGGGGCCCCAAACCCCACAGGUCCCACAAGUCCCAGGUUCACAGCCUGGGAUUACAUUUUGUUACUGUACUGAAAAUUUGUUAGGCAGUUUGUCCACACGGUUUUACGUUAUUAGCUAAUUUUGCGAUGCUGUCUUGUAGAGGAACAGAAAAGUUUUAAGACCUUUUAAGACCUUAAUUGUUUAAAUUCAAAAUUAACUGAGACAUAGAAAACCCAGGGACAGUGGUCAUUUUUUCUUUUAAGAUUAUCUUUUGGGGCAUAUUUAUUGGACAUGUAUGAAUGAAAAAGAAAACAGGAAAUAAGGGAAGGGUAACAAUUUAGCUACUGUGAUGCUCGCCAGGUGGUAUCUUUCCAGCAUAUCAGUACUGGUUUAGGAGCCUCUGGGCAAAUAAUGUAGCUACCGUGUACAGAUUGCACUGUACUGGAUGGGAACAUGGAGGCGACAGGAAACAUAGAGGGUUGGAGGUGGGGAACCCCGACGACAAAUUCUUCCCCUAAAAUGUGAGAAAAUGUGCAAAAAACCAUAACAAAUAUAAUUUAGUGUGGCAGAGACUGUACUUUCUUCUCUGGUCAUCUUGUGACCGCUCACACUACUCUUCCUCUUUUUUUCUUCCUCUUUUUGUGAUGAUAUUAUAUAUAAUUAUUGUAUCAGUCAGGACACUCCAGGAGGCCACAAUAGGAUAAAUAUAUAUAAGAUUACAUUUAAAAGUGUUUAUAAUAAUUAACAUUUCACCCAAAACCUCUUUGUUCCUUUUGAAAGAAUGCUGAAGGGAACAGCUCAAAAAGUGCCAUCUUAUGGUAUUUUUACUUGAUUCAAGAAAGUCUCAAAACCAGCAGGCUCUAAUUGAAAAUAAAUUACAUAGCCUGAAAUAACAUAGUAAACGCAAUUUGUAGUUAAUGGGCUAAAACACGCCAAACCACCGGUAAACUGCCUCUUUUCUACAGGACUAUUUUUGGAUGAAUUUUGUUGCAGUGAAAAACAAUUCUGCAUCUAAAGAUCUUCAUUGGUUGCACAAAUGUUUUAAGCAGUCCAAAGCCAAUAAAAUCAAGAAAACCACUGUGCUAAAUAAAGGCAUCUAGGUACAAACCGCCAUUAACUGUUAAGAGGUUUAAUAUUUUGUAAAUUGGCACUGUUAUUUGCUCUGUUUUCACUGAAAUGAUUGGAUUGCAAAAAAGUCAGUUUAGUUGUUGUUUGGUCUGAUGAUAUGUUGAAAUAGUUCAAAUACCCAGGGCACUGUUUUUGUUUUGUUCUGUGUUUACUUGUUAGAGACUAUAACGGUUGACAACUAAAAUGUAUUAAUAAUUAUUAGUUCCACUGUUAUUAAUCAAUGCUGUUUUCUGAAUGCGGAUGUGUUGCAGCACCAUUAUAAGUUGAACUUCAGUGCUUUGUUGUAAAUGACCGAGAAGUGUUACAUAUUGCACCGUAUAAAUUGUAUCUGGUUUAUUUUGUGCAUGAGUAAAAGUCAUAUUUAAUAACUGUUGAGAUAUUUCUACUAUUGAGAGAAAAUAGGACAGUGAGGAAGCUGUUUGUUUUCUCUGAGGUUUAUAUGGCUGGUUGGUUGGAAAUGUCUGUAUGCUGUGCUGCAUCUACAAAAGGGCAUUGGGAAGAAUCAUGAUUUUUUGCACUGAAUAUAAAAAUACACUUGUGUUUAUAAAGAAAAUUAUGCUACCAUAUGUUGUUUAGUUCAAGUGAAGACUUUGCUACCAUUGUCAUUAUUUGCCUCUUGAUAAUUGAUAUCCUGAUGUUUACAAUGUGAGAAUUUGAAGCUGUGUGGAUGUGUAUCAUAUUUGUAACUCUGCGUGUUUAUCCACGUGUUGCACUGUUGGACUGAUCAGACCAGGGUAGAUGGGAAACACUGUGAGGUUAAGAAAAAAACACAAUGUGACUAAAGAUAUUUAUUCAUUACUUCAAUUAAAUUUGACACCACUAGAAUGAUUUUGACAAUCCAAAGAGAUUAUUAUUUUUGAAUUAUUACAGUAGAGGUUUCAUGGGUUCCCACAUCAGUUGUCUGGUGUCUGCAGAAAAUGUAAUACACAUUAUUGGGUCAUCACUUUUCUGUUUACCCAAAAGGCUUCUUCAGUCCAACUGUUGUGGUAUUAGGUAACCAUUCUCACCGGUAGUGCAGGAACAUCCACUGUUAAAGUAAGUAAUUGCAAUCACGUCCCAAUAACAAUUAGAACCAAAGAAGCUUUUUGGAUGACCAGUUAAAUUGCAAUUUGGGUCAAAAUGUUUAUUUGUUUUAUAGCUGGAUUUGUAAAGUAGCAUGUGUUAAAAGCACAGUAUCAGAUUUUGGGAAAUUUGCUUUUUAAGUUGAGAGUUAGAUGUAAAGAUUGAUAUCAUGUCUGUGGAGCUAGAGCCAGGAGGUUAUUAACUUAGCUUAGCAUAAAGACUGGAAACAGGGGGAAACAGCUAGCCUGACUCUGUCCAAAGUUUAGAAAUCCAAUCCUUUUAAGGCUUAUUAAUGUAAUUAGUAAGAUUUAAACAUGCUGGUAGGCAGAUUUUUUAAUUUCGGAGAGAGCUAGGCCAGCUGUAUCGCCUCCUGGUUCCAGCUCCAGAGAUACAAGACUAAUAUCAACCUUUGCAUUUAACUCUCGGCUGGAAAUACAAAAGGCAUAUUUUAGCAUGCAUCUACUGUGUGUGCCUGUCCAUUUCAACUCAAUCAAAACAUAUAGGAUAGGUUGCCUCACAUAAAAAAGCCCAUGUAUUCUGGUCUUCAGAGUGAGUCAGUCUUACACACUGACAGAAUUCAGGACCCCUCACCUCCAUCUACUGUCAGGGGCCCCAAACCUCCUAGCAGCAGCCCUGUAGGACAGUAUAUACUCCUGUACUCUCUGUGAAAACCUCAGCACACUUUCAGUGCCUCUGAACAUUGUUGCCAAUAUACCACUGACUGACUGAAUGGAUGCCUGGAUGAUUGAUACACUGAUUACUGAGGCUGUUUGUGUGUGUGUGUGUGUGUGUGUGUGUGUGUGUUUUCUGACAGAUGAAUAAACGUGCAGAUGAUAUUAAUAACCAA